AUGGACCAACAACAAGCGGCACAGGUCCUCCAGUCGCUCCAGGAACUACAGACCGAGGUCAAUCGACUAAGAGGCCGAGAAGCUGAACUGACAGCACAGGUCGCUUCUUUUGGUGCCGGUUCGGCUGCUUCAGCUGGACCUGGCAGUGCACUGGCACAGUUGGUGCAGUCACAAAAGGAGCUUGUGGACGCCCUUAGAUCGAAAGAACAAGUCCGGUUGGUCGACAACAAGGGCCUUGGCAAGCCCGACAAGUUUGAUGGGACAGCCGAAAGAUUCUUGUCAUGGAAAAUCAAGACGUCCUCCUAUCUUGCAAGUGUUCGCAAAGACAUUCGUGAGAUUCUGGUUUGGGCCGAAGAUUGCGAUCAUGCAAUCACUGCAGAUGACAUCGACAAGGCUUUUGGGAGUCAAGCAGAUGCCAUUGACCAGGUGUCGAACAUCAGUGAAUUGAGACGCGAGCUUUGGGACGCGCUGCUAAUGCUGACAGAGCGUGAGCCCUUUGACAUCGUGCUGAACACCGGGGAAUGCGGCAUCGAAAGCUGGAGAAAGCUCACGCGGAGGUACGACCCAUCCACUGGUGGUCGCAAAAGCGCUCUCCUCAAUGCAAUCUUGUCACCGGCUCGAUCCAAGAUGGAAGAUUUGCCGUCCAACCUGGAGAAGCUUCUUGACAGCAUCAGACUUUAUGAACGUCGCAAAGACGCAUCUGGCAACCGAACGAUGUUGGCAGAAGACAUCAAGAUCAACGUGAUUGAACGAUUGGUGCCGGCAGAGCUCGAGCGUCAUCUCGUUCUCAAUCGAGAUCGCUUCAAGACGUUCGAGUCCAUGCUGUCCGAGAUCCAGUCCUAUGUGGAACAUGCCACCGGCAACAAGAUCAAGGUGGUGAACAGCCAGCCCUACGACGCACAUGGCCGUGGGGACGAUCCUAUGGAUGUCGGAAGCUUUGGAAAAGAUGCAAAGGGAAAAGGUAAGGGCAAGAAGGGAGCUGGAGGAAAACCUGGAAAGGGAAAUGCAACAGCUGAGAAGAGGACAUGUCACAACUGCGGACGCCCAGGACAUCUGCGGGCAGAUUGCUGGGCACCUGGAGGCCCCAAACAUAAGGGGACGGGUGGCAAAGGCAACAGCAAUCAGAAUAAGGACAAGGGCAAGGGCAAAGGCAGCCCCGGAAAGCACAAGCAGAAGCCCAAAGGAGGCAAAUCUGUGAACAAUGUCGAACAAGGUGAACCAGAAGCAGAAGACUGGGACGCAGCUGAUGGCGACGAUGGUCAACAAGCAGCAAAUGGUUUAAUGCUCUAUGGCGUUGAUGGGCCACCACAUGACGAGGAUGACGACGAAAGUUUCCAGGUCGAUCCCGAGUCCGAGGAGUCGGAAGCCUUGACAAGUCGCAGAAGGUGGUUUUCUUUGCCUCACCCACGUGCGUCAUGGCCUGAAGAGUGGGACGACCCCGACUAUGAUGGACCGAGUGGAUCGAGCACCUCGAACGCCACAGGGAAGACCCAAGAGGGGCAGAAGUCCAAAGAGCUCAACACCAAAGAGAGGCAAAGCAAGCAGAUCAGGGCCAGUCACUCCGGAGUCAGCACUCCGACGCUUUCGAAUGACUUCGAUGACACCACCACCAAGGAGAAGGUUGAGGCAUGGGCCACAGACUCCAGAAGAACUUCUUCGACCACCACCAGGAUGGCAAAGCCAAGUAGCUUCACCCAAGACUCCGCCAUGUCCACCACCGGGAUGGCAAAGCUCUCAGGUGAAGCCACACCACCUGUCAAGGCAUCAUCGGCAGCUUCGACUUCAGGUUCUCGACUUGUCCAGAUGCUGAAGGCUGCGCUGAGUUCACAAAUCCGCAAAGUCCAAGAAGAAGAUCCUGGUUCAGGAGAUGGCCAGGCAGAUGCGAUGUUAGCGGCUUUGAGGACUAGAUCUGUCAAGGCACCGCACAUCACAAAGCAGAACAUCAGCGAUCCUUCUUUCCACGACUCGAGAUACCAUGCCGAGAUUGCCAAAGGUGUUGCACACAAUGUGGCCUGGAGAAAUGAACGUUUGAGAAGACGUGCAAUCGUCCACCGACGAGGAGGAGUCAAGGCACGUGCGGCUGAAAGGAUUCGACUUGACAAAGAAUGGCAUGAACGCUUUGACAACCCAGAAAAUCCAGAAGGCAUAGUGAGAAUCGAGGAUGAAGACAACUUGGAUGCGGGCAUCGAGACGGUGGUUGUGGGCAAAGCUGGUCAGAGCACAGUGAUAGAGUUUUCAAUGGAAGAGCGGAAAACUUUGAGGCAGUUCCCGGACGACGAGGCCAAGUUGCUGCGGAAGGAUCCCAAGAAGAAACCCAUGACCAAGCGUGUUCGAAGCGUUGGGUACAGGGUGAAGAAGAAUCGCAACCGCAAUGUGGCGCGCAAGAUGGCGAGGAAGAACCGACCAGUCUUGGUUCUGAAGGAAAACACUGAAGUGAACGCAGAUGAAGAUGAUGAUGAAAUGGAAGAGGUCUACAUCGAAGAGCCUGAUGAGCCUCGAGACCGACCAGGCAGAGGAGACCCCGAUGGUGGAGCUGGAUCGGCUCCUGCUGCAGUCUACAGCUUGGGGGCCUCUGACGACUGGCGAAAAUGGGAACGAGCAGAGUUGAACAUCGACACCGGUGCUGCCAUCACUGCAGUACCACUUGACUUCGCCAAGGACUACCCGAGGAGCGAGUCCAAUGGAGCAAGCUACAAGGCAGCCAAUGCGGAACCCAUCGAAGAUCAGGGAAGUGUGAAGCUGGUGGGAUACGACGAAUCUGGCAACAAGAUCCCAAUCGAUUGCCGAGUUGCAGAUGUGCAUCGGCCACUUCUUUCAGGUUCCGAGAUCGCCAAGAACUACCACAUCGCCCUUGGACCAUCUUCGGGGAGAUUGAUCCCAAGAAACACUCCUGCGGGACGGGCCUAUUCGAAGGCCAUGAAAGAUCUGAUCCGAGAUUAUGGCGAUUCAAUGCCCAUUGUGCACAAUCGCCGAGGAGUAAGACCACAAAUCAACGCUGUUGGUGAGGAUCCAGCUGUUUCAGCCGGAGCCGAUGCCAUGGAAGAUGGAGGCGAUGUUUCAGCCGCUUCGGCCGGAGCAGGGUCCUCAGGCGAUGUUCCAGCUGCUUCAGCCGGAGCAGAUGCCUUUGAAGAUGAAGUUGAUUUGGAAAUCGGUGAAGAACAGAGGAAAGCCAUUGUGAAGAAAGAACCACAUCAACCAUCCCAAGCUGAAGUUGACGAACAUGAAAGCACUGGACAUGUUGUCCAUCGGAGCUGGUGCUUGCACUGCAAAAGGGCACGUGUGACUGCUGAUCGCCAUGUGCCUAAGGAACUUGAUGAGCCAGAAACGCAGUUGCCCACGCUGAGCCUGGACUACUUCUAUAUGAACCAGGACCAGGUUGCGGAUGAGGCGACCGUUCCGAGCAUUGUGGCGAAGUGCCACAAGACCAAGAGAUUUUGGGCGAGCGUUCUCCCGGGAAAAGGGGCGGAUGCGUUCGCAAUCGCGUUCGGUGAAAGCAUCCUGUAUAGGCCGAGGGCCAAUCGUGGGGGCAAGAGAAAUGACCUUGCUCCAAGGGUAUCCAUUGGGAUGUACGUUGGAACUGGAAACAGAAAUUCAGACGUCUUUGUCAUGACGGAACGUGGAAUCAUGAAGGGGAACUCGAUCCAUCGACGCCCACCUGACGAUCAGUUCAAACAUGAUCAGUUUGACUCGCUACGUGGCCUUCCUUGGAGGUUGCAAGAACGAGAACAUGGUGGACUGAGGAUCGCCCUUCCCGAUGUUGCAGCGCCUCGUGAAAGGCCUGCAGUGCAAGAAGUGAUCCCAAGGAACCUCUAUGUCACCAAGAAUGACUUGGAAAAGCAUGGGCACACACCUUUGUGUCCUGGAUGUGAAGCAGCAAUACUUGAGAUGCCAAGCCGAGCUCACAAUGCUGAGUGCAGACAAAGAAUCCAGAUCGAACUUGACAAGACUCCAGAAGGUCAAGAAAGGAUCAAAAGAGCGAGAGAGAGAGAGUUGCACAAGGCAGGCGCCCAAGAGGCGCGGCUGCACCGCCUGAGGGUGGUGGGGCAGAAGGUGGUGAAGCUGCACCACCAGUUGUCCCAGGAGGGGAAGUUGAACAACCAGUCUUGCAAGACCGUGUUCCUUUGGAUGCGGAAAUGGAUGCAAGUGAGGCUGUUGGUGAACCACUGGUCGACACCGAUUUUCGUGGAGAACUCAGACAGAGAGAACAAGAAAGAGAAGGAAGCCCAAAGAGGCAGAAACAAGAACAAUCCCGAGGCUUCAGGGUCAGCCGGACCACCGGCACCGGAUGCUUCAUCUGGUGUUCCGGAAGGUGCUGCCGCUGCACCAACAAGUCCUGAGACAAACCAGGAGAUGCUACAUCUGUGUUCCUUGCUCAAAGAUGUGAUCGCAAAAGGGAAGGUUGCUGAGAUCUUCUCUCCACCGCGUGUGGCUGCACAAGCCCAAGUGGUCGGGCUAGCACCUGGCUUCUCGAUUGACUUGGAGACAAAGCGUGGUGAUGGAACUCACUGGGACUUGAGUAAAGAUGAACACAUUCGUGAUCUGUUUCAACUGCUUGACUAUGAGAAACCAGAGUUCCUCGGCGGCUCACCUCCCUGUGGGCCAUUCUCGAAGCUGCAAAGCAUUGUGGAUGCGAAGGGCAAUGUUUCACCUGAAGUUCGAGCGCAGAGACUAAAAGAUGGUCGCAAACAUCUGCGCACGGCAGUUUCAGCGUAUGAGCAUCAAAUGAAUGCUGGAAGGUACUUCUACCAUGAGCACCCUAAAGGGGCCGCUUCGUGGGAAGAGAGAGCUGUGAAGAGACUGAGGGCAGAUGAACGGGUGUAUGAG